AGUGAAAGGAGGCAGUGGAAGGGACAACUGCAUGGAGUGCCUGUUCAUUUCUCGAAGUUACAGUUUAGUUUCAAAAUGGCUGAGUUUGAUCGUUCUUAUUCUUCUGCGCUGGUUCACGAGUGAGAAAGUCAAUUAAAAAUAAACGCGUAUUCACAAAGAAAUUCGCGAUACCAUGAAUUUAAGGAUAGAGAUUUUCGUAUUGUUCGCGAUCUUUUGCCUGGUUCUACUUCAGAGCGCAACCGGACUUCUUCGGAGAUGUGUGAACUGUAGAUCAAGAGGAGAUUUAGGAUCUUGUAAAGAUCCUUUCACUAUGAACUCGACUGCGAUCGAAAUGGAAAAAGGUGUCGACGCUGUACCCUGUGCAUCUGGCUGGUGCGGCAAAAUAAUUGAACGGCAGGGUUUAAACAACGAAUAUGGCACUGCCACGCAAAGGCUUUGUUUCCAACGUGGACCCGACGAUGGUGAGGAACGAUGCGCGUUUACUGUGUGGAAUUACAAAAAGGUAUACAUGUGCCUUUGUUUCGGGGAUUUAUGCAACGGAACAACGAAGCUAAGCAUUUCCAAUGGUUUGAUUUUUACAACGCUUUGCAUUUUACUCCGGUGGUUCAUUUAAAAACAUCGGAAUUGAAUCAGAUGUAUAUUAUUGUAUAAAAGUUCCUCGUAUCUGUAUAUGACGUGAUAUCUUCAAUUUGCAAGUGUAGCCAGUAUUGAUUCGUUAUUAAGAUUAAAUCUCUAAAAACAUACUUUACUUUAUUUAUAACUUUGUUUCUUAUGUAUGAUAAUCACAAGAAACUGAGGUAUACAUACAUACUUUACAUGAUAAAUCUUCGUGAAACAUUGUACGGAGAUUAGUAAAAUGUUUUAAUAUAUUAAUAACGUGCAUGAUCGUUUGCACCUGUAAGACUGUUAAAUACAGACUACGUAAAAAAAAAAAAAAAGGAAAUGUAAUUAUUCUUCUUAGUUUUAGAAUUUCCAAAUAAAAAGCAGAAUUGGUAUUUUAAAAUGACACUAAAUAAAGAUGAAGCGUACUUUUCGCUUGAUAUCAAAACGA